UUUCCUUCCUUGGCAACCCUGCUCGCCGGUACUUUUCCUGCGUGCAUGCUGUCAAAUUGAUUAUAAUUGUUUACAAAAUAUUUAAGCAUACCGGGAGCUGCCAUCAACAAUGAACGAACUGAACCACAAAACCGUAUUCGUGCUGGAUCACACUCCAUACUUUGGAAUCUCAUGCGAAGCACCAAUUGACUGUGAGUUCAUCAAGAGCAAAAUACCGAUCCCACCGAUAAGCAAAAGUUUGUGGACCUGUGCCGUGGAGGCAUCGGUAGAAUACUGUCGAAUAGCGUGGGAUCUGUUUCCGAGUGGGAAAUUGAUUCGCUUCGUAGUUAGUGACACUGCCGCCCACAUCGUGAAUACGUGGAAUGUUAGCACCCAAAGUUUGACCCAUGUGAUGAAUGCCAUGUCCAUGGUAGGAGUUCCUCCACGGCAAACACAAGCCAACGACUAUUCCGUCAUUCACGGACUGCGAGCCGCAAUCGAAGCACUGGCAGAACCGACCGACUUUCAGAAAGAACAGCUCGGUGCAAACGAGCCGGUGGUUUUCAAUCUGGGACGAGUGAUCUGCAUUACUUCCGCCCGUGAUGAUGCCAGCAUGAAAAGUUUGGAGGAUAUUUUUCGCACGGUGCUGGUUCAACAAAAUACCCAUUCCGCAAGUCACAAGGAGUAUAUGAAAAUUGAUCAAUGCCAUUUGGUGAUCAUCAAUCUGUUUCCAUCCAACAUGGACUCGAUGGUGAACAAUCGAGGUUUGAUCGAUAUUUCGCCAAUUUUGAAAUCGGAAAUUCACUCCAAUAAGGCGAACAAAAUCUCCAAUAAGCUAACACAUUUGAUACUGCCGCAUUUCGAUUUGGCCAGCACUACCGUGACCGGCAUUCCGAUGAAGGAAGAACAGAAUGCAAGCUCCAGUGCCAAUUACGAUGUGGAGAUCUUCCACGGGAGUAAAGCUCACUCGGUUUUUCUCGGCACCGAGCUAGUUUUGCCGCACAGUGUGAAAGAUGGAUCCGACUACGAAACUGUCACGCUUAAGUGGUGCACACCGAGAAGCUGUGGGUCUUCCGAAAUGCAACCUUGCCUGGCACAGUGCCGGGUAACGCCCGUUGACGUGACGUCCCGGCCCAGUUCCUGUUUGAUAAACUUUCUGCUGAACGGACGCUCGGUGCUGUUGGAGAUGCCGAAAAAAUCCGGAGGUAAAAUUACCAGCCAUCUGCUGUCCGCUCACGGUGGCGAAAUAUUUAUCCAUUCGCUGAACACGUCCCGAAGCUGCCUGGAAGACCCACCAUCCAUCUCGGAAGGUGGAGGCGGACGAGUUACCGACUAUCGCAUAAAUGAUUUUGGUCAGCUUAUGCAGCUUCAUCGCAUCGUCCCGCUUAAACCGGUUGCCGAACGGGCUCCUGACGAAAACUUACUCAAAAUGCGCACCAAGCUGUCGAAGAACACACGCUACUGGCCGCUAACGCUAGGCACCACGGUGCUCUAUAACGUCCGACAGUUUGUAGAAGCGAUUGUAGUGCUAACGCAAAAACCGGAACUUACCGACGAAGAAGUUCUGCAGUGUCAAAAAACAAUCUAUCAACUGGCCGCCCUAGAAGGUAGGCAGGAAUCGCUCGCCCUACCGAACAUGGGUCAUCGGUUGAAGGGUGCGAAGCGAGAGGAACAGUACAGACUGCUGUGGGCUGAACUGGAGACGAUCGUUAAUUAUAGUGGACCUUCGGCUGGACACAAAGCAGUGCUCAAAUGUGUCCGUGAUUGUCGAGGACGCACUCCGCUGGAAAUUCAGGACAAAGAUGAGGCUGCCGAAGCUCAUCGGGCGUCGGUCAUUCGGGCUACUACCGAUUCACCAAUGUCGCCACCGCAUUCUAUGUCGAUAGGAGACAGCGCAGUGUCCGCGUUGUUGGGCGGCUCAAGCCGUGGAUCAAAGAAAGCACUCAGUACCGGUACCAGAUCUCUGUUGGACAUCCUAGCGUCGUCCGAACGGGCACAAAGUCAAAAACGAAUUGAUUUUAGCGGAAGACUUUGCACACCAUCGGGACAAGUUGCGAAAUUGUAUCCCAAUUUUGGUAUGAAAGAAGACCCAGUGCCACCGGGCAGGCAACCAGAUGUAAAAUAGUCGACGGAAUAUGUAUUCUUUCAAUUCUACAGUAACGGUAUUUUAUUUAAUAGUAAUAAGCAAUUUUAUUAUUCGUAAGAAUUAAUUAGAACUGACAGAAACACGAAAUCAUAGUGUUCCACCC